UUCUUACCGAUCCGGUGUUAUGCACAACACUGUCAACACAUAUAAAAUACCGAUGAGUUUCGCCAAUUUUCUAUGUGGUUAGUAAAAUUGCUGGAUGUUUUGCGCGCAUUGCGAAAUCAUUUUCUUGUAUCAGGUUACACUGAACUCUUAAAGUACAACGAGUUGUAAUAAGUCGGUUGGUAACCUUUUCCCACAAAAGAGAUUCCCACAUCUCUGGCCGGAGCUGUGUUCGAUAAAUUGUGUUGCUUGCAUUAUUUAUAAUGGACUAUCGUGGGAAAGUGCAGGCAGCUGGGCUAAUUGUGGCUCUGUUGUGGAUUGGUCACGUUCAGCCGGUGGCAUCGAUCUCAUGCGACCGCGAAGUUGCCCGUACUUUUACGCGGUACUGCAGCCAUUUGCGUAAGCGUAGUGUGGAACCAAAUGGUUUCCUGGGACGCCUGCGCGGUAUUUCCGGAAGUCAGCUGUUGCCAAUGCGAACAUUGGUGUCGGAUGAAGAUGUGUUGGAGUAUGAAGAGGAGCCGAAAUUGGAAGCUUCACCGGCAGCGGAACAGAGGGAGGAGAAUCAGCUGGUGCAGCUGAUCGACGAGUAUCUGCAGCAAGAUGUUAUCGCUCGCAGCGGACUGUACCGGCGUCGCUCGCGCAACAUCAGCCCGCGCUCCCGCCCACCACGCAAGUACAACAACGUUCUCCCAUCCGCGCUCCAUAACUGCGACCUUGCGGCUCUCAAAGAAAUAUGCCGUAAUCGAUGAUCAUUAACCAACCGCUGAUUAAUUUUAAGCUGUAAGAAUAGAUUUUUGUUCUUUUGACCGAACUAUGUAGUGUCCGAACAGCAGAAGGAUACCAUUCGCUUACUGUUAUUUGUAAAAUAUUUUAUGGGGUGUUUGAGCUUAAAUUAUUUAAUUUAUAUUGUCGGAAAAGUAUCAGUAGAUUUCUGGAUUUUUUUUGCUGACAAGAAAUAAGAUGUUAUUGUGGGUAUAAAUUGUCGUGAUUUACAAAGUUGUAAAAUAAGUAGCUAUACAGAUAUAAGAAACCAGAA